UUUAGAGGUAAACCAAAGGUGUUGAGUAAAUCUAAAUUUAUUAAAGGCUUUAGUAGAUUUAUAUUAAGCAAACGCCGCGGGCGAAGUAUUUGCAUUAAAAGAAAUUAUUCUUGUUUUUACAUAAAAAAUUGUAAAAUACUCGUCAACUCGGGGAAGGGGUUGACUAGAUUUAAUUUAUAAUCAAACACAAAACGAACGAAAAACUUCGUGUCGUUUGUAACGAAAAACCAAAUACUACUCUUACACCAUGGAUGCAUUCUGCGGGUCAGAAUUUUGGAAUGUAAACAUCACCUGGAAUACUGAAGAACCUGAUUUCACACUAUGUUUCGAACAGACAAUCCUUGUUUGGAUUCCAUGCGCCUUUCUAUGGAUAUUUAUGUUCCUCGAACUUUAUUACCUUCGUGCAAGUUUAGAUAAAAAUAUACCCUGGAAUUUUAAAAACAUCUCGAAAGUAGUUCUUCAUGUUGCUCUAAUUGCACUUUGUAUUACUGAUUUCGUCAGGGCUCUUAUACUAAGUGGAUCUACACCGGAAAUAAUUUAUCCAAUAGAUAUCUGGGGACCUGUGAUUAAAUUUUGUACCUUUAUAGUUGCAUCGCUUCUGGUUUUGUUGAACCGAAGAUAUGGUGUCCAGACAUCAGGAACUCUAUUUCUAUUCUGGUUCUUAUUGGUUCUUUUUGCAUUACCGGAAUUAAGAACAGAAAUACGUGAGCAUAAUGAUCGUCAGGACAGCAGUUUAGGUUACAAUGCCACGGCUGAAGAAAAUGCUUGGACUAAUUACAAAUUCUAUAGCUUCAUAGUCUACUUUGGAAUUUCCACAUUGAUCCUUCUUUUGAAUUGCGUAUCUGAUAAUAUGCCCAGGGAGACAAAAUACAAUAGAACAAAGAAAGAAACUCCAGAACUCUCUGCAGGCUUCCUAUCCCGAAUCACCUAUUCAUGGUUUGACAAAAUGGCCUGGAUGGGUUAUCGCAAACCCCUCGAAGAGAAAGAUCUCUGGGAGCUUCGUCCCCAGGAAAGUUCAAAGGAAAUCAUGCCAAUUUUUGCCCAACAUUGGAAUAAGAACGUUCGAACAAAAUACUUGGUUGAAAACCGUGAAUCCAAAGGUCAAUCCACGAUUGGAAAUGUAGCAUUUGAAAAUCCAAAUGGCUCUCAAACCAAAGACUUUGCUUCCAUCAUGCCACCACUUUAUAGAUCUUUUGGUGGAAUAUUCCUCUUUGGGUCGCUCUUGAAAUUGAUCGCCGAUCUUCUUACAUUUGCUUCGCCACAAAUUUUGUCCUAUGUAAUUGCUUUUGUUGAAAACAAAUCCGAUGACACCCAAGAACUUGAACCUGAAUGGAAGGGAAUAUUCUACUCGAUUCUUCUAUUCCUUUGCGCAGGACUUCAAACUUUUGUCAAUGCUCAAUACUUCCAUAAGAUGUACAUUGUGGGAAUGAGAGUUCGGACGGCCUUGGUGAAUGCCAUCUACCGGAAGGCUCUUAUCAUUUCAAACGCUGCCAAAAAAGAAUCAACUGCUGGAGAAAUUGUCAAUUUGAUGUCUGUCGAUGCUCAGCGUUUUAUGGAAUUAGUGACUUAUAUAAGUUUGAUUUGGUCUGCUCCGCUACAAAUUGCCUUGGCACUCUAUUUCCUAUGGCAAUAUCUCGGAAUAUCCGUUCUGUCUGGUUUGGCUGUUAUGAUAAUCAUGAUUCCCAUCAAUGGAGUCAUUUCGAAUCGUAUUAAGAUCCUUCAGGAGAAACAGAUGCAGUACAAGGAUGAUCGUGUGAAGCUGAUGAAUGAAGUUUUGGGGGGAAUUAAGGUAUUGAAAUUGUAUGCUUGGGAACCAAGUUUCGAGGACCAGAUUGGUGAUCUUCGCAACAAAGAAAUAGCCACAUUGAAGGCAUCAGCUUACUUAAAUGCUGGAACCUCAUUCUUAUGGUCAUGUGCUCCAUUUUUGGUUUCUCUUGUGACAUUCGCUACUUACGUUUUAAUUGAUGAAAAUAAUGUACUAGAUGCUUCAACAGCUUUCGUAUCAUUAUCGUUAUUCAACAUUAUGCGGUUUCCUUUAGCUAUGUUGCCAAUGUUGGUAACCAACUUAGUUCAGACUCAAGUAUCAAUUAAACGUAUUAACAAAUUCUUGAAUAGCGAAGAACUUGACCCGAAUUGUGUUUCACAUGAUAGAGGAGCAAGUUGCCCAAUGUUAAUUGAAAAUGGUACAUUUACUUGGGGUGACAAGAACCCCGUUCUGCGGGACAUCAGCAUGGAAGUCAAAAAACUAUCAUUAGUUGCUAUUGUUGGAACAGUUGGCUCUGGUAAGAGUUCUCUAAUAUCAGCACUUUUGGGAGAAAUGGAUAAAUUACAAGGUCGAGUAAAUGUUGUUGGAACAGUAGCUUAUGUUCCACAGCAGGCUUGGAUGCAAAACGCGACAUUACGUGAUAAUAUUCUCUUUGGGAAACCAUAUGACAGUAAAAAAUAUCAUCGUGUUAUUGAGGCGUGUGCUUUGAAAUCAGACAUUCAAAUGCUAUCGGCUGGAGAUCAGACAGAAAUCGGUGAGAAGGGAAUUAAUUUGUCAGGUGGACAGAAGCAGAGAAUUUCGCUGGCUAGAGCAGUGUACAGUGAUGCUGAUUUAUAUUUGUUGGAUGAUCCUUUGAGUGCUGUUGACUCACAUGUGGGAAAACAUAUUUUCGAAAACGUCAUCGGACCAACUGGAAUAUUGGCUAAGAAGACUCGUGUCUUAGUAACCCACGCAAUAACUUAUUUACCUCAAGUAGAUAAUAUUUAUGUCAUGAAAGGUGGUGAAAUCAGUGAAGAUGGAACAUACUCUGAGCUGUUGAAUCAAAAGGGAGCAUUCUCAGAAUUCUUGAUUCAACAUCUUACCGAAAAUAAUUCUGCUAAUGAAGAUGUGGAAGAUAUUAAACAACAUCUAGAGAAGGGAAUUCCAUCCAAGGAGCUACAUGGUAAACUUGAACGUGCCAUAAGUCGAGUUAGAUCGGCAAGUGUUGUUUCAGAAACUUCGUCAAUAAAAUCAUUUGGAAGCAGUAAAGGAAGCUUACGACGACGACAUAUGAAACGUCAAGAAUCUGUAGCUUCUAUUAUUACAAAAGUAUCAGAUGUUGUUGCAGGCAAAGAUGAUGGUAAACUAAUCGAAGUGGAGAAAUCUGAAACUGGUGGUGUGAAUUUGGACGUCUAUAAAUAUUACAUUAAGAGUAUUGGAGUGAAAAUGUCAAUAGCAACGAUAGUUUUGAAUGCAGUUUUCCAAGCAUUAGCCGUUGGUUCGAACUUAUGGCUGACAGAAUGGUCAAACGAUAAGGAAGUUGCAACAAAUAAGGGACUACGAAAUAUGUAUUUAUCAGUUUAUGGAGCUUUUGGAUUGGUGCAAGUUGUGGUCGACUUUUUUGGAACAUUAACAUUGGCAUUAGGAUGUGUUUACUGUUCAAAGAUCUUACACGAGUUCUUAACGAAAAAUACAUUGAGAUUCCCUAUGGACUUCUUUGAUACAACUCCAUUGGGUCGUAUACUAAAUCGUUUCUCCAAAGAUAUUGAUACUGUUGACAAUGUGCUGCCGAUAAGUAUUCGUGUGAUGAUUAUUCAAUUCUUUGUUGUAAUUUCUACAAUUGUUGUCAUUUGCAUGUCAACGCCAAUAUUCAUAGUUGCAAUCAUUCCAAUGGCUAUAGUUUAUUGGUUUGCUCAGCGAUUUUAUGUUGCAACGUCAAGACAACUUAUGCGAUUGGAAUCCGUUACAAGAUCACCAAUUUAUUCACAUUUCAAUGAGACGAUUAGCGGGGUUUCAACAAUUCGAGCAUAUGAAGUUCAACGAAGAUUCAUUCAAGAAUCUGAUGAUCGUGUGGAUUUGAAUCAACUUUGCAAAUAUCCGAGUAUAAUUGCCAAUCGUUGGUUAGCCAUUCGAUUGGAAAUGAUUGGAAAUUUAAUCAUCCUCUUCGCUUCAUUAUUUGCCGUUCUUGGAAGUCAAACAAAUGCAGCUUUAGUCGGUUUGUCAGUGACGUAUUCCUUACAAAUCACCCAAAGUUUAAAUAUGUUGGUGCGUCUGACAUCUGAAAUUGAAUCGAAUGUAGUUGCAGUUGAACGUGUCAAAGAGUAUGGUGGAAUUCGACAAGAAGCACCAUGGGUUAUUGACAACGUUAAGACUCCAAAUGGAUGGCCUGAAGUAGGUCGUGUAGUUUUUGAAGACUACAUGGUUCGUUAUAGGGCUGGGCUAGAUCUGGUACUCAAGGGAGUGAACUUUGACAUAAGUGGUGGACAGAAAGUGGGAAUUGUUGGACGAACUGGAGCCGGAAAGUCCAGUUUGACACUAUGCUUAUUCAGAAUUAUUGAAGCCGCUGGUGGUCGUAUUACAAUUGACGGUGUUGACAUUUCGUCACUUGGUCUACACACUCUACGAUCCAGGUUGACAAUUAUUCCACAAGAUCCUGUUUUAUUCUCGGGAACAUUGCGCAUGAACUUGGAUCCAUAUAAAACAAGCAGUGACAAUGAUAUUUGGACAGCCCUCGAACUGUCCCAUUUGAAGUCAUUUGUGAAGGAUACUGCAGCUGGUUUGAAUUAUGAAAUUAAUGAAGGUGGUGAAAAUCUCUCAGUUGGCCAGAGACAAUUGGUUUGUUUGGCUAGAGCUUUGUUGAGAAAAACUAAAGUCUUAAUUCUGGAUGAAGCAACUGCUGCCGUCGAUUUGGAAACUGAUGAUUUAAUUCAGAAAACCAUUCGAUCUGAAUUCAAAGAAUGCACAGUUCUUACUAUUGCACAUCGUUUGAAUACAAUUAUUGAUUCUGAUAAGGUCAUAGUUUUGGAUAAAGGACAUAUUAUCGAAUUCGAUUCACCGUCGGCAUUGUUGGCAAAUAAAAAUUCAUCUUUCUACAGCAUGGCCAAAGAUGCAAAUUUAGUGUAAAUAUUAAAUUAAGUGAGGAUUAUUAAUGUUUAAUUAUGUAGUUGACAAAAGUUUAUGCAAGGCUAAGAGUUCUUUUUGUGUUUAAUUAAAUAUUAAUGUGUAAGAUAAAUGUAAAUAAAAAGUAUUUAUUUUUAUAAUAUU